AUGCCUCCGUCUAAGCGGCGCAAGCUCAGCCCAGAGCCCGUAGAGCCACAAGAUGAUGCCGACGAUACUAGAGAAUCAUCUCAGGUCACGGAAAAAUUAGACACGGAUGGGGCUCGGGCAGCGACACCUCCGGUUGGGAACCAGACAGACAAUGAUAGAGAAGAGUCGACAUCACAGCCCAAUGAGGCAGCAGUAGAUGCUCCCUCAAAUGCCACCACUAUCCCAUCAACCACAAAUGCAGACCGCCUCGCCCGGUUCGCGGCUCUCAAAUCCCGCGCUACUCAGUCCGCGAAGUCCAACCUCGCCGAAGCCAAAGCGGAAGCCAACCGCGCAGCAAUGGAUCCAGCUUUGCUCGCCAACCUUAACAGACGCUCAGCAAUCGCGCAGCACAACCUUCUUAAAGCAGAUACCGAAGAAGAAGAAGGCAAGGGUGCGUUCGAGCGCAAGCGAGCUUGGGACUACACCAUCGAAGAGAGCGAGAGAUGGGAUGAGAAGCAGGAACGGAAAAAGACCGCAAGGGAAAACAAUGCGUUUUCGGAUUGGAGUGACGAAGCUGCAAGGAUGUAUGAUCGCCAGAUACGCGAGUUGGAGAAGAACUCUCUGAAGGAUGGCCAUCGCAGCCGUGAAGAAUACGAGCGACAAAAGGCGGAAAUUUUGGAAAACGCCGCACGUACCGGAGGACUGGAAAUCGUGGAAAUGGAGAAUGGCGACCUUGUCGCCAUCGAUAAAGACGGGCGGUUCUACGCGGACCACGACAGUCUAGGGUUUGUGGAACAGAAGCCCAAACGGGAGAACGUUGAUCGCCUUGUGGAUGACCUGAGAAAGGCAGAAGAGGCGCGAUUUAAAAAGAGAAGAGAAAGAGGGCGCGACGUGGACGAAGGGGAUGUCACGUAUAUCAAUGACAAGAACAAGCAGUUCAACCUCAAGUUGGCGAGGUUUUAUGAUCGGUAUACGAGGGAUAUCAGGGAGAGCUUCGAGAGAGGGACAGCCAUGUGA